UCACAUCCGCUGUCAGACAAUAACAACAAGACUGCCAGUGGAGAGCUUGGAGGUUGUACAGUAAGCCACUUGCCAGUGCUGAAAGAAUGUUUUAGGUGGGUCAAACCGUUUUAAUUCUCAGGUGGUCAACGGGCAACGUGUUGAAGUUGGAUCUUGUUUUUGGAUGCCUGGGUUUAUUGGCAAGAAUGAAUACUGUAUUUUUAAUUUUUCAUCUAGUCAUUCUAGCAGGUGCUGCCUGGGCCUCCUCUGACGAAACACAACUGGUCAAAAAACUCUUCACUGGCUACAAUAAGGUUGUCCGACCUGUCAAUCACUUCAAGGACCCGGUGGUUGUUACUGUAGGCCUUCAGCUCAUCCAGCUCAUCAGUGUGGAUGAAGUCAACCAGAUCGUCAGCAGCAACGUGCGACUGAAACAGCAAUGGAAAGAUGUGAACUUGCAGUGGAAACCAGAGGAUUAUGGUGGCAUCAAAAAGAUCAGAGUUCCCUCCACUGACAUUUGGCGGCCUGAUCUGGUUCUCUACAACAACGCUGACGGUGACUUUGCCAUCGUUCAUGAGACCAAAGUGCUGCUGGAGUACACAGGAAUGAUCACGUGGAACCCACCUGCCAUCUUCAAGAGCUACUGUGAAAUUAUUGUGCUGCAUUUCCCCUUUGACCUCCAGAACUGCAGUAUGAAGCUGGGUACCUGGACCUACGAUGGAAACCUGGUCGUCGUCAAUCCUGACAGUGACCGCCCUGAUCUGAGUAACUUUAUGGAAAGUGGAGAGUGGGUGAUGAAGGAUUUCCGUGGCUGGAAGCACUGGGUGUACUACGCUUGCUGCCCGGACACCCCUUACCUGGACAUCACCUACCACUUCCUCAUGCUGCGGCUCCCACUGUACUUCAUUGUCAACGUCAUCAUCCCCUGCAUGCUCUUCUCCUUCCUGACUGGCCUCGUCUUCUAUCUUCCUACAGACUCUGGUGAGAAGAUGACUCUCAGCAUCUCUGUCUUGCUGUCUCUGACUGUGUUCCUGCUGGUUAUUGUGGAGCUGAUCCCGUCUACCUCCAGCGCUGUACCACUCAUUGGGAAGUACAUGCUCUUCACCAUGGUCUUUGUCAUUGCGUCCAUCAUCAUCACUGUCAUUGUCAUCAACACCCACCACCGCUCCCCAAGCACUCACACAAUGCCAGACUGGGUCCGCAAGGUUUUUAUUGAAACCAUUCCCAACAUCAUGUUCUUCUCAACAAUGAAACGCCCAGGAAAGGAAAAGCAGAGUAAAAGUAUCUAUGGUGCAGAUUUUGACAUCUCAGACAUCUCUGGCAACCAGACCUCAUCUGUCCCCUACCAGUCACCCAUCACCAAGAACCCUGAUGUCCGCAGUGCCAUUGAAGGAGUCAAGUACAUUGCAGAAACCAUGAAAUCAGAUGAGGAAUCCAACAAUGCUGCUGAAGAGUGGAAGUUUGUGGCCAUGGUGUUGGAUCAUAUCUUGCUUUGUGUGUUCAUGGCUGUGUGUCUCAUCGGCACAUUAGGCGUGUUUGCAGGCCGUCUCAUUGAGCUGAGUAUGCUGUAAAGGCCGGUUUAACCUCUCAGAUGACUUUGUUGUUCAAUUGGAAACGUAUUACCUGUUUGCUGUAUGCCCUGCAGCAUUGCCAGUCUACACUGCAUCUCUGAUUGUUUUGCUGUUUGGUGUUUGAAGAAUGGUCCUAUUUGUGUAUGUAUAAGAACAAGUUGUACAAGUAUACAGUAUCUUCAGCAUAGUUAACAGACCAUUGUUGUUUUCAUUUUAGGGAAUAUAUGUGUGAAAUUGAAAUGUUGAAUUACUUCAAAAGAAAAUUAUUAUUUUUUUGGAACAUUGUACAAUAUUCCUUGAUAUGUUUAUAGGGAACAACUGAAUAAAUGUGGGUUUUUUUCAGUUUUCAUGAUGACUGUUUUAGAAGUGCAGUCUUGCUCAGUGUCCUUAUGUCUUUCUGAUGCCUGUGACUUUGGCAAACUGUUGUACAUUUUAAAAUAUUUCAUAAAAUCUAAAGGUGUAAAAUGUUAAAGCAGAAAAGUGAAUAGGUAGACUACAAUACAAUCCAACAUGAACUUUGAUAUGUUGUCUUAACUUUUGGAUGAUAUUUUCUUUAAGAUACUUUUACACUUGCCCCUGAUUUGUAUGGACAAGCGGCCUUUAUAGCCUUUAUAGUUGUAAAUUUGUAUUUCCACGCUAUGCAACUUUAUGCUUACACACCUCAGAGGCAACGGUUGUACUUUUUACUCCUACAUUUGUCGGACAACUUUAUUACAAGUUUCUUUUCAGAUUUCAGUUUUUCAUACUCUUCCUGUCCCGGUGAAAAACAUGUAUCCCCAAAGUGGUGAUUUUUAAUAUUUCUGAUAAUAUAACAAAAGCAUUAAGUGUUCCUUUAUGGGUUGAAUUAUCCUACCUCUUAAACCAAAUAAACUAAGAAUAAAUCUUG